GAGCGGGCGGAUGCUGCUCAGUGUGUGUUGGACUGCGCCGGGAACAACACACAGAUAAACCCGAGAGACACGCCGCUCCGCUCUGCUUCAACUUCUCUCCAGCAUCGCAGAGGAAGAUGGACCUGGACCCCGCCGUCAUCAUCCCCGCCAUCCUCUUCACGGUGGUGGCCAUCUAUUUCGCCUCCUCCUUCCUGAACAAAAAGACCGAGGCGGCCGCAGGUAAGAAGAGCAAGCCGCUCAAGGUUGGCUACGAGGACGACGUCCCCCCCUCCAGAGCUUUGGCCGCAGAGGAGCACCGCCAAGCCCGAGCCGAGCCCGAAGCCGCCGCUCCGGUAGUGGAGGAGAUCGGAGUCGCGGAGCCGCUCGUCGUCCCGGCACGGCAGGACGCACCGCUGCAGCAUGAACCAGCUGCGGCACCGAAACCUGUCCCAGAACCAGUUAAAGCACCAGAACCAGUACCAGAACCAGUACCAGAGCCGGUCCCGGAACCAGUUAAAGUACCGGAGCCAGUCUCAGAACCAGUUAAAGCACCAGAACCAGUACCAGAACCAGUACCGGAGCCUGUCCUGGAACCAGUUAAAGUACCGGAGCCUGUCCCGGAACCAGUUAAAGCACCAGAACCUGUCCCCGAACCAGCCACAGUAGCAACACCAGUACCGGAACCUGUCCCAGAACCAGUCAAAGCACCAGAACCUGUCCCAGAGCCGGCUACAGUAUCAGAACCCGUUACAGUACCGGAGCCUGUCCCAGAGCCAGUUGCAGUGCCUGAGCCGGAGCCCGUGGCUAAGCCCGAGCCGGUCCCAGAGCCGGCGGUGGAGCCGGUCCCACAGUCUGUGGCUGAAGCGGUCCCUGAGCCUGCUCGACCCGCGGUGGAGGAGGUCCUACCGGAGCUCAUCCCCGGCUCAACAGAGGACGGCCUGCCCGGCUCUGACCCGCUGCUACAGGCAGUGCCAGAACCCGAACCUGCACCAGAGGACAUCCAGCACAAUGACGUGGCUGCCGCUGACGAUCAAGUGAAGUUCACCCCGGGCCUGAAGCCGAGCAAGCUGGAGACGCUGAUGACCAAGGAGGAGAUGGAGGAGGAGCAGAGGGUGCAGCAGGAGCAGCUGGCGGCCAUCUUCCAGUUGCUGAGGGAGAACCAGGAGGCGCUGGGGGAGGUGACGGAGGGAGACAUGGAGGAGCAGCUCAAACUGUAUUCGCUCUAGUCCACUGAGAGCGCGGAGGACGGUCUUCUCAGGGAAAUUUAUUGAUGUCGGAGAGCUGAUCCGCUGCAGACUGUCGGUAUAAACCUCACUGUUCAUCUGACUCAGCGGCUACAUAGAUAACAAAGCCACGAAAACUGCUGGAACUUGAAUGUAUUACAGAUUUAACCACUUUAGACACACCUGGUUUGUCUGUAUCAAGCUGAUACACGACUGAAUCUGAAGGAUUUUUCGCCUCAUAUGUCUAUGAUCUUGAGCAGCUCAUGUCACUUCUUUUAGUAAAAUCCUCAGAUCGUCACCGGAUUUGGUCGAUCAUGAAGUUUCUUAUUCAUCAGAAAAUCUUCCCCAGGCGUUCGCCGUGAUACUGUAACCGCAACGCAGACUGUAGCUCUACUUCUGCAAACGUUUAUCAGAGGCAGAGCCAGAAAUAAUCUCUAAAUUUGUUGAGCUGAACCGCAGAUAACCAGUUUUUCCGGCUAUGUGACAUUAAACUGAAUUCCAGAAUUAGGAAAAAUGUUGAGGUUAAAAGCGACGGGUUAGGAUGUAACUGGAAGCCCAACGUUUUUGCUGCUAACUGGAAAAAUGCAGUUGAACCGUAUCGAGUUAUGCGGGUUAGCCAGUUAGUCUCGCUGACGCUCCAACUUCAAACCAAGAGACGGAUAAAAGACGUACAGGACGUUCAGUCUCGUGUGAAGUGUGUGAACCGAAACUGGUGCCAAGUGUGGAAACCACUGAACUUGAGUGGAGUAGAACGGAUUUUCCCAUUCAAAUCAACAAAGCAGGAUGGUGUAUUGGUGCAUUGCUUUGGGCGAAUUUCCAUAUAAAUCAGCUUGCGGAAACAAGCAGUGGAACCUGGAGAGGCGUCUUGUGUUGUUAGAGGGGAAUUAAGGAUUGUUGGAUCAACUGGUGGCAACCAUUAAAUGAAUACAUCAAUGUUUUAGGCAAAAUACCCUUUUUUCUGACUUGCCCAGACUGAGAUAAGAUGUUCAAUACCAUUUUCACCUCUGUGCGGCCAGUGGUUUGAUUCCUAUGGGUAGCAUUUCGUGUUAGCUUAGCAUAAAGACUUGAAGUCUAUGGGAGUCGUUAGCCUGGCUCUGUCAAAAUGAAAUAAAUAAACCAUACAGCAACUUUGAAGCUGCAGCUAAAGUCAUCUCGCCCAUGUUUUACCGUUGAAAGAGUUCAAGUUUCCCACACGGCAUGUGAAUAUGGUCUAUUGACUUCAAUAGGAAUGGCACCAAAGUCUGCCACCCAUGCAAAUUAUCAAGGUAAACUAGUCUGCUGACCUUCCAAGAUCAUCAUGAAGUGAUGAAAAAGCCUUUGUCCUUUAAUUUUUUAUUAUAUCUUUGCGUUUCAACAUUGCCAAUCAGCUGAUUUGCACUCAAAAAUGAAGUGACUCUUUGACUCCAGUUCACUUCCAUUAAGACUUAAUUCAAACUAUCAUUCAUUUCAUUAUCAUUUCUCCCUCAAGCUCUAUCAAGCUCUUCCUUCAAGAAAUAUUUGUAUAGCUAACCCUGACUUCACCUUCGAUUUAAUGUUAUCAUCAGCCUCACGAUGGUUAUUAUAAGUAAGGUGUGGGAAGUUCAGAAAUUACACAAGUGUGUCAACACAGGCAGCAAAUUCACACCAUCAGCCACACAACUGACUUUACUUACAAAAAGCGAGGAAUGUAAAUGAAAAUUAAACUCCAAUCUGCCAUCACAAAGAUUUCAGAUUAUUGAAUUAGCCUUAAAUGAAAAUAUGAACUGCAGCGUACAUCACCUGACAAAAAUCAUCUACAAAUUAUGUCUGUUUUUUUUUUUUUUUUUUAAAUUGAGUACUGUCUGUUCUGCCAAAACCACUGGUGAAUUUUGAGGACGAUGUAGAAGAUAACCUAAAUCGAUAAACCCCUCCCACCUCCAUUGAAGUCAAUGGGCCAAACAACUUGUGUCUAGCUAACAAUAUGUAGGUAAUCAUCAUUUUCCACAAGACAUUAUGGUUUCCCUCGCUAAUUAUUCUAAUGCAUCCACUUAUUGCAGUGUUUAAAUAAUUGUGACAUGUUAGUGAUUGUUUGAUUGGUUGCCUAGCGACUGAAAGGUCUCCUUGGCUCCGCCUCUUGCCUCGUUCUGGGUGUUCUGGUUCUACAACAAGACAACAUGGCAGCAAAACAUUUAGACCAUAAAAACCACCAAUCAGAAAAAGCUCGAUUUUAGUUACCCCGCUAUUAUUUUGCCUAUGGAAGUAGCUAAUUAAAGUUGUAAUCUACAAGAGUCUUGCUUUUAUUAUGGUGCUGAACGCCACCUGUCAAUCAAACGGUGUGGGCGCGGCUGUGAUGUCGUUCUCCUUUCAUUUUCUGUUAAUGGAGUUAAGAGUUUCUGUAGGCGGCGCUCUUUUCUUUUCUUUUUGUCUGCUUUCUGCUUUCAUGAGCCGGCUGUAAAUUGGAUUAUUGCUUGGCUGCAUUCUUCCCUUUAAUUGUUCACUCUUUAUCUUUAGGUCGACUUAUUUCUGUCAUUACUCCUUGCAAAUUAUUUCCCAGGUCACCAUGCAGUGUGCUGACUUGUCUUUGUUAAUGUUUAGACCCAGGUCUUGGUUCUCUGCUGAGUUUUUCAACGUUUCAGUCUUAUUCAUAUUUACAAAUCAGGACUGAGCUGUCCAAGAUCAUAAAAAUGAGACAUGACAUAUGCGAUUUAUCCUUUAGAUCAAAGAGGAAUAGCAAUAACUUCCAAUAACAAUAACAAACAUCACCAAUAGCAGCAAUGUGUAACAUGCCCUAAAGCUUAUUGUACAUGGAAAAGGAGACUGGCUUUUCCUGGCCAGUCACAUUUACAUAGUGUUUUGUUUAUCUAAAUCAUUUUCAGGAAGCCCUUUUUGAAGAAGUAGAUUAGCACUGCAGUUGUUUUCACUGCAUUUUGGGCAGGUUUUGCCGUGCUUUAUUUUAUUUUUGCAUGUCUUGUUGUCUGGUAGCUGAUGUUCAGUGAUUCAUCGUUGAAGGAAUCUGGAUGUGUUUGACUUUUAUGUACGUAGCAGACGCUUUUUAUUAUUUCUUGCCACUGAUAUUUCAGAUGAGUGAUGUGAUGACGUCUUUUCCAUGACAAUAAAUUUAUUUGGAAAAAAAAAAAGCAAAUAUUUGGGUCACCUG